AACGCGUGGCCAUGAACUUUGAAAUUUAAUAAGUAUUACAGUAAUAAAAUUUAUUGUUCAAAACGACUCACAAUUGUAAAGUCAUGACAAUUCUCCUUCCAAACGCGAACUUUAAUUUUAAACCUUUCAGUUUAUUUUAGAAUUUCACCAAAUUAACUUGUAUAUCUGAAAUGUUUAAAAUAUUUUUAUACUGUUUCAUUCAUUCGAUUAUUGGUCAAUCGUUAGCUCAAUAUCCUUUACCGGAAAAUGGAGAUUGUGAUGACCUUUGCAAAUCAAGCUUAAGUGUAAAUGCAAAAGAUGUACUAGGUAUCUGGUAUGUUGCCAAAGGCACACAUCUUUUUGUCACUUCAAGAUGCAUUCGAUUAAACAUUACGAACAUUGACGACAACAGAAACCUCCUUGAAAAAACAGAAACCAUAAUAAGUACUGGAAAAACAAUCAAAACAGAAGCAAUAAUGCACUUCUUUGGAAAUGGAACAUAUGUGAAUAGUUACACAGAAUUGGAAAUUCCUAUGAGAUUCGAAAUAUUUCAUGUGUCAGAUCAAAGUUUAGCUUUGGUUCUUUGUCGUGAAUGUGGUUUCUUCUCAAAAAAUGGGUCAGGAAUUUUUCUUGAAAUAUUGACAAGAUUGCCGUAUCCAAAAUGUGAAUUGGUAGAUGAAAUGUAUUCAACAAUGAGUGGAUGCGGAGUUCCCGAAGAUGCGAUGGUACGCGUAGAUCAAUCAGAUUGUAACAAUAGUUGCUCUUAAACUUCUCCUUAAUUGAUAUUAUUACAACAUUUGUAUAUUCAUUUAAAUUUUUUAUUUCGUUAAUACUUUUAAAAAUAAACGUGGCAUUUAAUUUUAAAACUAAAAUUAUUGCAGUUAUAAAAUGUUAUCAAUCGAAAUGAAACACAAUUUAAAUCACGAUAA